CACUUAUCGGCUACGCAAACAUUUUGGGCUUUGUUAAACAUGGGCCGAUUUAUUAUUCGGCAUAUAGAAAAGAUGUUCAUCCACGGUCCUAACCUCUAAGAAACAUUAACCCCACAAGGAUUAAGUGAAGCUAAUCGUGAUCUAACUAACCUGAAUUUGAAAAACCGAAAUGUAACAAAAAAUCUAUAACAAUUUUUUGUUUGUUAAAAUAUAUGAUCUUUAAUCAAAUGAAUGAUGAAUUAUAUUUAGUACUCAAAAGAGGGCAUGAGUAACUUGUGUUCAUGGUUUCGUGUUGUAUCUGAAAGUUUGAAUUGGUUUCAUUUAUAUAUUUUUGGCGGUAAGAAAAGUAGAGAUUAACGGGAAUUGCAUCGGUACCGUCUCAGUAUCAGUUCAUGGGGUAAGUAAGUAAUAAACGAAUUUUAAGAAAAGAUAAGCAGACAUGUGUUUUGGCCCAGCCGCCCGUCAUUAACCAGGAAAAGUCAUGCAUACCCUUGAAGUUUCAUACGGUUAAGGAAGAUGCCACAGGCAAGUGAGGGGUAUAUCUGUCUUCAAACGCAUACGUAGCCGAGUUUCUUUUCCUUUUCCUCCUCAUUAAAAAAAGUCUUGUAAAAUAUUUUCCCAAAUUCGCAUCACCCAGAAAAAAAACUCGCAGCGGUAAAAAAAAAAAAAAAAAAAGGGGUCACUGCCUUUCUUCCUUGGUUCGCUUAGACCUGGGCGAUGUGGUACCAGGAGGAGACGCAGACGAUUCGUAGAAUGUAAGGUUGUUGCUUCUCGUUUUCGGCACAAUCGGAAUCAUUCGCUAUUUCAUCUCUCUCUGGCAAUUCGUCCUUGAAAUUUAUCGAGAUUCAUAUCUCUAGCAACUCGUGGGAGGGUAGCUCGACAUAACUAAACCCUAGCUUGUAGGAGGAGACGAGUUAAUAACAUGGAUUGGAUUCACAAAUCAUCUACUCCUUGUUUGGAUUCUGUUCCAGCAAAUGCUCCUCCUCUUCAGCGACAGGAUAGGCUUCUUGUCUGCCAUUCUUCGCCAGCCGAUGUAGAUAUGGACCUUAGGGAAGUCUAUUUCCUUAUACUGCAUUUUCUUUCUAACGGCCCCUGUGAUCGAACCUUUGGGCCUCUGAGAGAUGAGAUUUUGGAGAAGGGGCUUUUGCCCCGUAGAUAUCACUCCUCCUGGUCAAGAAGUGGCACUUUCACUGCCCCUGCUGAUGAUGCCAUCUCGCUCCCUUUGACUUAUGAUAACUUAGUUGAGAGGUAUCCUCAUAUUGAAAAGGAUCACUUGGUGAAGCUUCUCAAACAACUCAUUUUAAACCCACCUUUUCCUUCACACCUGAGACUUGAAGGACAUACUCUUACUGCUGCUGAUGUUCCUACGCUAUUGGGUUCGGGCUCCUUUUCACUUGUCCAUCAUAAAAUUACAGAGUCUCAGAAAGCUAGCCAUGUUGCAUCAUAUUUACGUUGGCCGCAUAUGCAUGCCGAUCAAGUGCGUGGCCUAAGUCUUAGAGAAAUUGGAGGAGGUUUCAGAAAACACCACCGUGCUCCGUCUAUUAUUUCAGCAUGUCAUGCAAUUGCAAAACCAUCAACAAUGGUUCAAAAGAUGCAAAAUAUAAAGAAGCUCAGAGGACAUCGUAAUGCCGUUUACUGCGCUAUAUUUGAUCGUUCUGGAAGAUAUGUUAUCACUGGUUCCGAUGACCGGCUUGUCAAAAUUUGGUCAAUGGAAACUGCGCUUUGCUUGGCUAGCUGCCGCGGGCAUGAAGGUGACAUUACAGACUUGGCCGUUAGUUCAAACAAUGCUUUGGUAGCAUCAGCGUCAAACGAUUUUGUGAUUCGAGUUUGGAGGUUGCCUGAUGGAAUGCCAAUUUCUGUAUUGCGGGGACAUACUGGAGCUGUUACUGCGAUUGCAUUCAGUCCCAGACAGGCGUCGGUUUACCAACUUUUAUCGUCAUCAGAUGAUGGAACCUGUCGGAUCUGGGAUGCUAGGUACUCUCAGUGGCUUCCUCGAAUCUAUGUUCCAAAUCCGUUGGAUGCUGGCACUGGAAAAAGCAAUUUUCCAUCUUCUAACGCGGCAUCUACAAGCAAUGCAUCAAAGAGUCAUCAAAUACUAUGUUGUGCGUACAAUGCUAAUGGAACCAUUUUCGUCACGGGUAGCUCUGACAGCAAUGCGAGGGUUUGGAGUGCCUCAAAAUCUAAUUUGGAUGAUGCUGAACAGCCGACUCAUGAACUGGAUGUUCUACGUGGCCAUGAGAAUGAUGUAAACUAUGUGCAGUUUAGUGGCUGUGCUGUGGCUCCAAGAUCAUCUACAACUGAGACUCUGAGGGAAGAUAGUUACCCAAAGUUUAAGAAUUCCUGGUUUUGUCAUGACAACAUAGUAACCUGCUCUCGUGAUGGUAGUGCAAUUAUUUGGACACCAAGAUCACGUAAAUUCCACGGGAAAUCUGGACGCUGGACGAAAGGAUAUCAUUUGAAGGUUCCACCUCCUCCACUUCCUCCACAACCUCCUCGAGGAGGGCCACGCCAGAGGCUUCUUCCAACACCACGGGGUGUCAAUAUGAUUAUAUGGAGCCUGGAUAAUCGUUUCGUACUUGCCGCUAUCAUGGAUUGCAGGAUUUGUGUUUGGAAUGCUGCUGAUGGUAGCUUAGUGCAUUGUUUAACAGGUCACAGUGAAUCGUCCUAUGUCUUGGAUGUUCACCCAUUCAAUCCACGGAUUGCUAUGAGCGCCGGCUAUGAUGGGAAAACAAUCAUCUGGGAUAUAUGGGAGGGUAUACCAAUCAAAGUAUACGAUAUCGGGCGAUUUAAGUUGGUUGAUGGAAAGUUUUCACAAGAUGGGACAUCUAUUGUGCUUUCAGAUGAAGUUGGCCAGAUAUAUUUUCUAAACACGGGACAAGGAGAGUCUCAAAAAGCUGCAAAAUACGACCAGUUCUUCCUUGGUGAUUACCGUCCUCUUAUUCGAGAUACCAAUGGACAUGUUCUUGAUCAGGAGACUCAGCUUCUUCCCCAUCGGAGGAACCUUCAAGAUCUUCUUUGUGAUUCAAGUAUGAUUCCGUAUCCAGAACCUGACCAGACAAUGUUUCAGCAACGCAGACUGGGUGCAUUAGGAGUCGAAUGGCGUCCUUCCUCGAUAAAGUUUUCUGUUGGCCCUGAUUUUAGUCUAGGUCAAGAUUAUAUUAUGCCUCCUUUGGCAGAUCUGGAUAGAUUGAUCGAGCCACUGCCUGAGUUUAUAGAUGCUAUGUACUGGGAACCAGAACAUGAAGUUCUGAGUGAUGACAAUGAUUCGGAGUACAAUGCUGAAGUUUCCUCUGAUGGAGCUAAGGCAAGCCCAUGUUCCAACUCUUCAAAUGAACUUGAGUGCAGUUCCGAGGACAGUGACAUGGAAAAUAUUUACGAAAAUAGUUAUAAUCGGAAAAGACGAAGACAACAUCCUAGAGCUGAUGUGGCUACUUCAUCUGGAAGGCGUGAUAAGAGGAUUUUGGAUGAGAUUGAUAGCUCCGAAUUUGGAAAUAAGAGAAUCAAAAACAGAAGAAUUGGCGUGAAGGCUUCAAAAAGAAGAUAUUCUGAUGUCAAGGAAUCACGACCGCAAAGAGCAGCCGCGCAAAAUGCUCGGUCCUUGCUUUCAAAGAUUUCUGGAAGCUCUUCGGAUGAAGCUGAUGAUUCAUCCAAUAGUGACUCUGAUAGAAGCGCAUCACCUUUGCAACAGUUGGAAAAGCCAUCUCAGAAGCUGGAAUCUCUUUCAAAUGACAAACAAAAGAAAAGAUUGAUUGUAAAGAUCUCGGUUAAGAAGCCAACAGAGUCUGUGGAAAGCAAGAGAAGUGUAAUGAGUCAAGCUGAUUUGGAGCAUGUUUCUUCGAAAUCUUUGGAGGAUAAUCACAAAGUAAUUGGUAUAUACUCUAGAGAAGCUGGGUCAAGUUCUGUAGAUGCAAAAGGUGCGUCAUGGUGUCAGGAUGUGCCCCAUUCUAUGAAUACGCCACAGAGAGAAAAGGCAAAUAAUCAAUUGAUAAAAUCUUCAGAUCAGGACCAGACUAUGUGCAAGUGGAGGGAAGAGACUCCUCUUUGUGAAUCCACCAAAUUAGCCGAGUCUGAGAACAUUGUAGAAGCCCAAACAUCUAAUGGGGAUGAAGAUUUGUCAAUUGUUGAACCAUUCUGUGUUCAGCGAAGACAUUGUGAUGUAGAUACUUCCAUGGAAGCCGAGGAGAUUAUUCCGAAGAAAGUUCGACGACUGAGAUUAAAGCUUCGGCACCCCAGCAGUCCUCUAAAAAUAGAGCCUGAUGAGGUAGCAGAUGAUUUUGGAGAUGGUGGAGAAGGUCUUGCAUCCACAGCUCCCUCUUCCAUGAAUCCUGUUAUGGACUCUGGACCUGUGAGAGAUAAUGUUAGAAACUCUCCUGCUCACAACGCUGAGUUUGGAGAAGCUACAGCCGAUGUGAUACGUAGGAAGAGAUCUAUGAGACUGAAGGCCACUUCAAGUCAGUCUAGUGCAAGAAACAGUGUAUUACGUUUGAGGUCUAUAGAUAAAGUAAAGAAACAAGAAAUUCCUUCCACAAGCGCGUAUGAUGGUGCAUCACUUGAAGAAUGGCCUUCUACUUCAAGGUCCCGGUCUGCAAGUACCAGCAAACAAAGUCUUAAUACCGGGAUAAGGUUGAAUAAUGUGGCAAGGAAAGUCUCAUGGUUGAUGUUGUCAGAACACGAGCAAGGCUGCCGUUAUAUACCCCAGCUUGGGGAUGAAGUUGUUUACUUCAAGCAGGGUCAUAAAGAGUUCCUAGACAGUAGAGAAUUAAAUGACAGCGACCGAUCAAGGUACCUUCCUCGAAACCUAGGAGCGGUAGAGUUUUGUAAAGUCGAGAAACUCAACUACGAUACAUAUCCUGGUUCUGGCGAGAGCUGCUGCAAAAUGACUCUCAGGGUUCUGGAUUCUUCUUCGUCGCAUGCCUCCCGCAAAGAGUUCCAACUAACACUGCCUGACCUCAUUAAUUUUCCGGAUUUUAUUGUGGAGAAGACUCGAUACGAUGCUGCAAUGAAGACAAACUGGGAAGUCGGAGAUGAAUGCCGUGUGUGGUGGAGAAACGAAUCCAGUGAAGGCGGUUCUUGGUGGGAAGGAAGGAUCGAGGCUUCACAGGUUAAGUGCCCUAACUUCCCAGACAGUCCAUGGGAGAGAUACAAAGUUGUCUAUGAAACUGGGGACACGAAUCUCCACAGCCCCUGGGAGUUUGACAAUCCCCAGUUUCCUUGGGAAAUCUCUACCAUGGACGAAGAGCCAAGAGAGAAACUACUUUCUUUAUUUGCUGGACUAGUGAAGUCAAUCAGCAAGUAUCAGGAUAGUUAUGGAAUCCAAAAGCUAAACGAAGCUGCUCAAAAGAUGGAUUUCUGCAAUAGGUUCCCAGUUCCUUUAUACCCAGAGCUGAUUCACCAGAGAGUAGAGAAUCGGUACUACAGAAGUAUGGGGUCGUUUAAGCACGACGUGGAUGCAAUGCUGUCAAACGCUGAAUCUUAUUUUGGUACAAACGCACAUAUGCGUUCUAAGAUAAAGCGACUCCGAGAUAAAAUCACAAAAACGUUGAGAAAGAUGAUGAUAUAGUAUGUUUGUUUUCUCAACUCUUUAUAGGCUGUGGCCAUUUUCUUUUCUAUAAAGAUAUUAUAUACACCCAAGAAAGUGUAAGAGUUGUCACUUUAGGGAACAAAAGAAACGUUUGGGUGAGUGAGUCACACACCCGGCACAAGGUUCAUGCUAUAGAUCGGGCCGCUUUUAGUUC